AUGGACAACGAAAUAAUGAAUCAAUUUGUAAAAUCUCAAUUGAUUGAUUUGUUUAAUUCAUAAACAAAAUCUUAGAUUUUCAAAUCCUAAGAUAGAGAUGAUACUUAAAUUGAUGAUUUUGAUUUCAAUAUCAAUGAAGUUAGUGAAUAAUAAUGUUACGACGCAUUAAUAGAAAAAUCUUAAUCAAAAAUUGAUGUUUAAAAAAAUAAAGUAUAAGAUCUUAAUCAAAAAAAAGAAUAACUUAAAAAGUCUUUGAUGGAUUUAUAAGAUGAAGUAUAAAGGCUUGAAGAAAAAUUAUAAUAAGAGAAAUUAAAAAGUAAGGACGCUAGAAAAACUAUUAGUUUUAAUUAAGAGGAAGAAAAACAAAUUUAAUUUAAACAAAAAUAGUAUGAAUAAUUGUUAAAAAAAUAUGAAGAAUUUAUAAAAAAUGAAAGUAAAAGAGAAAUGAAUGAAAUCUAAUAGGAAUAUAAUAAUAAGUCAAAUUAGGAAAGAAUAUAGUCUAAUAAAAAUAUAAAUAAUAAAAAAUUAGAAGAACGAUUAAUUUUAGAAUUUAAUUAAGUCAAUUAAGAAUUAUAUGAAUAUUAAAAUAUAAUAAAUCCUUAACUUUAAGGGAAUUUGAUUGAAUUACAAUAAAUGAUGAUAGAAAAUGAUGAAUUUAGUAUUUAAAAGAUGGAAGUAUAAAAAAAUUAAAUGUUAGAGCAUUUGAAUACAAUAGAAUAAGAUUAAAAUAAUUUAUUAUAUUAAAAGUUAGAUUAGGCAGAAGAGAGAUUAUUGAAUAUUUUUGAAAUAUAUAAUAAACAAAAAAAAGAAAUAGAGGAACUAAAAUAGAGAAAGAAUUAAUUAUAUAAAAAUAUAGUGAUCGGAAAAAUAAAAGUGGAUUCUUAAAGAUCAUUGUAUAAGAAAAUAAAGAAAAAUUAAUCAUUUAAAUUGAUUUGCUUAGGAAUAAUAUUCAUAAUUGGAAUGUAAGUAAUAUUCAGAUUAUUACAAGAUAAUUCUUAAUAAAAUUGGAUAUAAAUAGAUUAAAAUUGAUAUAGUGUCAUAUUUUAUACAUAUUUGUUAAAUAAUAUAUUAAGAUUAUAUUUAAGAUUAAAAUAAAUAAAUUACAUCAUUAUCUAUGGAUUAAGAAUCAGAAUAAAUAGAGUAAGAAGUUUAGAAGGAAAUAAAAGAAGAAUAAAUAAAUGAAUAAAAGAAUUAAUAAGUUAUAGAUUAUCCAAAGACAUAGAUUGAGAUAGCAAUAACAGAAGUAAUAGUAAAAGAUGGUGGAUUGGGAUCAAAAUUUACUUAAUAUAUGAUAAAAGGAACAGAUAAUUUAGGAAGUUUUUAAGUUUAUAGAAGAUAUAAUGAUUUUUUUGAUCUUAGAGCAAAUUUAAUAAAAAAAUGGCCAGGUUGUUAUAUUCCUCCGAUUCCUGAAAAAUUGUUAGGUAGUGGAAAUGAUACUGAGACUGUUUAGAUUAGAAAACGUUUAAUGGAGAUAUUUUUAAAUGUUUUAACAGAAUUGCCAUACAUUUAUUAUUCUGAAGAUAUUUAAUAAAUAUUCUUAAGAUCAUCUAAUACAGAAAUAAAUAAAGUAACUAUAUAUCUAAAGAUUAGUUAUUUUAAUAAGAAAAAUAAAUUAAAACAGUUGAUAUUAUAAACAGACUUUAAAGUGCAUUUCCAAAUCUAGAUGCUCGAGAUUCAUAAAAUAGUGAAUAUAUGUUAUAAAUAAGCACAUUUUAAGGAUAAUUAAAAAAAUCAUAGGCUUAUUUAAAAUAGUAUAUUGAAGCAUCAUAGGCUGUUGCUUAAUCUAGAAAAUAGAUUUAAAGUGAAAAAUGUAAUUAAAAAUAAUAAUAAAAAAAGUGAAUUUAUUUUUUAGAUCAAUACCAUUAUAUGAGAAAGUAAUUCUAUCUGAAUAUGUAUGUGGUAAAGAAGAUUUAUUAGUAAUAAGUAAUCCUUCAAAUAUUGAAACAUUUAUGAAUUUAUUGGAUUAACUUGUAUGAUUAAUGAAAUAUAUAUUAGAAAGAAACUUAUAAUAAGUUUAAUAGCAUUGAUAAUAUUACAGAUUUAUUUAGAUAUGAAUUAAAAGAUGCUGAAUCAAUUUAAUAGACAUUGAUUUAUAGAGAGUAAUUACUUAUUUUAAGAGCAAAUCAAGAAUAAAAAAUGAGAGAAGAUUAAGCUGAAUUGGCUAAAAUAGCUGCAGGUAAAUAAACUUUAACAACAAUAACGAAUUCAGUAUUUAAUAAAGCUAAAGAUUAAUCAUAAUUAAAAGUUGAAUAAAAAAUAUCUGAAGUAUUUAGAUAAUAUUAUAUUUUUUUAGGGUUAAUAAGAAAUUGAAAGAUUAUAGUCAUUAUAUAAUAUUAUAACAGCAGUAAUAGCUACAAAGGAAAUAGAUAAAUAUAAAUAAACAAGAAUCAAUCAUUAUCAUAAAUUUUUAAAAUAAGUUUAAAUUUAAGAAUAAAAGUUAUAUGAAUGUGAAAAUGAAAUACUAUAGAAAAUAAAAAAUGAAUGUGAAAAUUUAAUGUAACUAUAAAAUAUCUAAUCAUUAUGA